GCAUCUAUCGACCUCCCAAUCUCGCCGAGGCUACCCUCCGCUCGACGAAGCUUACUCGAACCUGCACGUACUACCUCAGCAACUCCAUCUCAACCUCCAAGAUGCGGACAUACGCAGUGUCGAUCCACUCGCUCUUGAAUAAGGCAAGAUCAAGCACACAAUGUCGAAUGCCACAAAACCAAAGGCGCGACACGACCUGGACGAUGAAGCCCUGGGCAAAUACCUCGUCGAUCAUCUCCCCAACCUGAAGCUGCCCGUCGUCUCAACCAAGAUUGGAUAUGGGCAAAGCAAUCCCACAUAUUUCAUCGACGAUGCGAGCAACGCGCGGUUCAUACUCCGGAAGAAGCCUGCUGGUGUCAUCAUCUCCCCGGUGGCGCAUCAGGUGGACCGCGAGUAUAGGGUGCUCAAGGCGCUGGGAUCGGUCGAGGGGUUUCCUGUUCCGAGGGUUUACUGUUUGUGCAAUGAUGCCUCGAUAAUAGGGACUGCGUUUUAUGUCAUGGAGUUUGUCAAGGGACGCAUCAUGACGGAUCCCAAUCUAAAAGAUCUGCCUCCCACUGAACGCCGUGCCGCCUGGUUCUCCCUCGUGUCGACUCUGGCAUGGCUGCAUUCCAUUGAUCCCGACUCCAUUGGUCUAGAGGGAUUCGGCAAAAAGACUGGCUUCUAUACCCGUCACUGCAACACCUUCUCCCGCAUCGAAGCCCAGCAAGCCAAAGUCAAGGACAUCAACACGGGCAAGCAGCUCGGACGCGCUCACCCCCAUUUCGACGAGAUUGUGGACUUUGUAAAAAAGCACGUGCCCGGCGACAGGGCCAGCAUCGUCCACGGCGACUACAAGUUUGACAAUGUCAUCCUUCAUCCUACCGAGCCGCGGGUCAUUGCGAUUCUCGAUUGGGAGCUGAGCACCAUUGGGCAUCCGCUCAUGGAUGCCGUCUACGUCGUGGGGCCGUACUGGGACUGUGCCAGUCCGGAUGGUAAGGGGCCAACUCGAGAUGACAUGGGCGGUGCCAUUUACGCCCCUGAGAAUCAAAGGGCGGCGGGCCUGCCGAGAAUGGACGAGCUCCUGGAUGAGUACACCAGAAUUACAGGCUGGGACCCGAGGAACGACCACUGGGAGGUGGCGAAGAUUUUCCACCUGAUGAGGGGUGGAGUCAUCAGUCACGGCAUCCAGGCGCGGACGAUCAGUGGGCAGGCUAGCAGCGAGUUCUCGCACGUUUACUUUGAGAAUACAAAGCGGAGUCUGGACAUGGCGCUCGCAAUGGUCCGGGAGAUGAAGGCGAAGGAGGCUGAGAGGAGCAGGAUAUAAGAUACCUCAUGGUGCCGCAUAUACCAAGUCCUUUACCCCCUUAACGUGGUACCGAUGCAAGGUCACAUGUGGGAGGUGACGUUGGGCGUGACGAGUGCGCCGCGAAACCGGACGCACUUGAUGUUCGAAUAGACUUACCAUUGCCAUUCUGGACAUCGUAAAUCAGAUGUCUUUGUUGUCUUGUUCCUCCAAGAUA